AUUCAUUAACGCUAUACUAAAAGCUCUCUGCUGCCAUUCACUCUCCGAGCCUCGGGUAGGUUAGAAGUUGGAAGCUUGCCUACGUGCUCGUCUUAUCUGUCAUGCGUUGAGCACCUAUCCUAAUAUCAACUUCCUGCAUAAUUUGCAAAAUAAUAAUAAAAGCAGUCCACCAACAUUUAUCGGUAGCGAAAAUGCAUCGCGCAGUCGUGCCCAGCGCAAGCACAGCUUUGGGCAGCUCACAGCGGAUCUUUGCAUCACAUGGCAGAAAAGUUUGCUUCCAGGGAACUAGGAGGCCAGUAGCUCCUUGGCGUGCUUCAAGCAGCCCUAACCCAUCAGGUCCCGACGAUGAGCCUCCCAAGACACCGCCGAAUGCUCUAGAGGCCACCAUCCGCCGCAAGCAGCGCGAGCUGGAGGCCGCCAUUCGGGAGCUGGGUAUGGAGGCUCUGGACGAGCGGCUGCAGUCCGCCACCCAGGUGCCCGCCACGCCCCCCUACCGCCUGUCCAGACUCAUCGCGGAGCACGUCCCGCAGGGCCGUGCCGUACUGGUGUUCGAGGUUGCUCGUCCAAACCCCGAAACCACUAGUGCCGAGCUGGCGGAGCUGGCCAAAGCGUACGUCACCUUGGGCGGUGCAUCCGCUCUGGCCGUCCGUACAGACUCCGAGUCCACACCCUCCGGUUUGCGCGACUUGUUCACUGUACAGCAGGCCGUACCCCGGGUGCCCGUACUUGCCCGGGACUGGCUCAUACACCCCCUACAGGUGUGUGAGAUAAAGGAGGCGGGAGCUGCGGGAGCCCUGGGCAUCAUCAACCAGGGCGUCGUCUUCUACGCCAUCAAUGUCGGGGUGGGGCUGUCGGUUGCUAUACCCGGCUUCGCCAAUCGUAUUGCACACGGCCUGUUGGGCGAGCUGCCCUUCGGCUCUAUCAGCUUGGUGGGUGUGCGGUCUCUGGAGGAGGCGAGCGCCGCACGCCGCAGCGGGGCGGAUGCGCUGCUCAUCAAAGCUGAGCUGCUACAGUCGCACGGCACGGAUGUACAAGCAUUAGGCAAUGCGCUGCAAUAUGCCGUCACGCUGGAUGACUGA